CAGAUCAUGUCAUUGUCAACUCAACAACAACAACAACAACAAGAACAACCACUUCUAUCAAUCUCAAGAAACGAUCUAAACCAAUCUCAUCAUACUCAAUCAGAAACAACCAUACUAGAACUACAAAGCUCUUCUACUUCUACUCAAUCUGAAUCAGAUUCUCAUUCACCAUUACCAUCAACAUCAUCAACCUCGAUUUCUCAAUCAAACCAAUCCAAUCUAUUACCUCCUUGGUUAAUCAUCAUCAUUUGGAUCUCAAUCUCAUCAUCCGUUAUUUUCUACAACGCUCUAAUCCUAAAAGAAUGGUCAUUUCCAUAUCCUAUCACACUAACAGCUCUGCAUCUAGCUUUCCAAACAAUCGCAACCCAAACCAUAGCACGUACAACAAAUUGGAUCAAUUCAUCUACUUCUUCUUCAAAACCAAACUCCAACUCAAAUCAAAUUAAUGAAAACCAAUCUGAAGAUCAUGUGUUGGGUAAUAGAUCUUUACCUUUUAUUGAGCCUGAACUUUAUUGGAAAAAAGUCGUGCCGAUUGGAAUUCUGUUUUCUAUCUCACUCGUACUUUCAAAUGCGGUUUAUUUAUAUCUUUCAGUGGCUUUUAUUCAAAUGAUCAAAGCAGCUUCACCUGUAGCUGUGUUAUUAACUUCUUUUGCAUUUGGAAUUUAUCCUCCUUCAUUACGUUUGUUUGGAAUCGUUUUGAUUAUUUCUUUGGGGAUUGGGAUUGCUAGUUAUGGUGAAGUGGCUUUUAGUUUGAUUGGAUUUUUAAUUCAAGUUGUGGCUAUUGUUGUGGAAGCUAAUAGAGUAGUCCUCAUUCAAAUGUUACUAGGAACUGGAAUGUCUCCUUUAACUUCUCUUUAUUUCUUUGCACCAGUUUGUUUGAUUAUUAAUUCGGUUUUGAUUUUACCUUUGGAAGGAUUUGAUUCGAUUAAAGCGAUACCUAAGUUAGGUGUAUGGGUGAUUUUAUCUAAUGCUUCAUUAACUUUUUUAUUAAACAUUUCAUCAGUUUAUUUAAUUCAACUUUCUUCAUUAAUCUUAUCAUUAUCUAAAGUUUUAAAAGAUUUGAUUUUGAUUUUCUUUAGUUCGAUUUUCAUGAAUCAUCAAAUUAAUCUUUUACAAUCGAUUGGUUAUUUGAUUUCUUUGGUUGGUUUGAUUGCUUAUAAAAAAGGAAUUUAAUUUCUUUUUUGGUUUUGUUUUGGUUUUGGUGUUUUUUGGUUUUGGGAGGGAGGGAAAGUGUAAUGUAGAAGGUUUUUUUUCGGAUUUGAUGGGUUCUUUAAUUAUAGAUUGGUUUUAGAGUUGGAUUGGUUUUUGAUUAUGAUUCAAUGAUAUGGGAAAACAAACUUC